AUGUUGAAACGAGACGCGCGGUUUUCACUAACAAAAACCCGGUUACCUUUUUACGUGUGUGAUAUAUGCAGUAUCCGUGUGUGCCUGUCUGCCCAUGUAACCAGAUAGAUAGAUAGAUAGUUCAGAGCCCGGGUGCUUUGUGAUCCUCUUUUCUGUAAACAAGGAGUUGUCUGGCCGGCAACUACUACACUACACGUCUACGCUAGUAAUACUACUUGCACGAAGCUUCCGCGGUUUGAUGUGGCCCGUAAACUAAACUACUCCAAGUGGGUAGCACCAGUUUAUAUUAGUAGCAGAUGCUCAUGAACACAAGUCACAAGUGGAAAGGAAAGGCAAUAUACUACACCCAGCCUACCGUACGUACGGCCGACGACUCGAUCAGCCUAAUUUGAACACUGAACCAUGAACUCGGCCUGCACUAAACAACUCUAAGGUCGGGCCCGAAAAUGCAUGGUUGCUACCGAUUGUUUGUUUAUAUACUCAGUAGGUGGUGUUGUCGUCUGACCAGCCUGGAGGUUUGCUAGCUAGCCAGUGCUUACCGUUCACGUGUGCACGACUAGUGUUACCACUUACCAGUAGUCCUCACACAAGCCCAAAUACAUAUCCAGCAUAUCCAGCCUAGAGCUUGCACUAGCCGGCACCGGAUCGGCAUGCAUCAUCGAUCCUGGCCGGUCCGGUCGCAUCGCUGCUCGACCACGACCGGGGAUGGUGGAGUUCUCGUGCGUGUGUGGACGCUGGUUGCCUUGCAGUCAAACUUUCCGGCACACCACUCACACUUUGCCAGGAAGAAAAGGACUCGUCACUCACUGACUCCAUCCUCAUAUCACAUAUCCCCUCGCUCGUACCAUGAAUAUCGCAGUUCAUAGUACUACCAAAAAUCUCCUCCGUCCUCCUCUUCAUCAGCAGAGACUUCGGUCGGAAUCUUCUCUUUCGUAUGUUCCCAUGGCCCGGGCCUUGCCUCCUCCUCUUGGCCGUCGCCGUCGCCGUCUCCGCGAUCAUCCCGGCGCCGAUGCUCGCCGCGGCGGCCUCCGAGCCGGAACGAUGCGGCAGCGUGACCGUAUCGCGCCCGUUCGGGGUCGUCCAUGGCUCUGAGGAGAACCGGUGCGCCCAGAUGGGGUUCCAGGUCCACUGCAAGGACCACGUCCCCUACCUCGGGUACUACGAGCCCGACUACGGGCUGCGGAUCCUCCACAUCUUCGUCCACAACGGCUCCCUGCUCGUCUCCGACGCCCACAAGCUCCAAGACUUCGACGGUAGGUCCAGCCCCCAAGGCUGCCAUGUCCCCACGGCCGACACGGCCACCAAAGUCGGGGACCCGUUCUCCAUCAGCCCCCUCAACCAGAACCUCGUCUUCUACAACUGCACCAGGGCGCCGGGGCGCCCAGUGGGGCUGCUGGACACAGUGUGCCGGAACAACACUUUUGUCCGCGCGGGAGGGCCGUACAACGCGUCCGGCGGGAUCGACGGCGGGUACGCUCUGGAGGGCUGCAACGCCACCGCCGUGCCGGUGCUCGGGGCGUCCGGCGACGUGAAUGCCAGCGACUACGAGAAGCUCAUCAGGGAUGGCUUCCUCCUGACAUGGCAGCCGCCGAGUGCCGGCAACGGGGCCCGUAAAAUGGCAAGAGUGACCAUUCUUAAAAUAGUUGGAGCAGGACUAGGUGGUGCUGUACUCAUGGCAUGUCUCGGCUGUUUUGUCUGGUACAAAUGCAAGAAGAGGAAACAAACUGUAGCUUCGAACGAGUUCAUGCGAAGUGGAUCUUCAAUGACGUCAUACAGUAAAGACCUUGAGUUGGAUGGUUCUCCUCAUAUCUUCACUUUCGAGGAACUUGAGGUAGCUACUGAUGGGUUUAGUGCUUCAAGGGAGCUUGGUGAUGGUGGUUUUGGAACUGUCUACAAAGGAAAACUCAAGGAUGGGAGAGUAGUUGCGGUGAAACGCCUUUACAAGAACAAUUACAGACGGGUUGAGCAAUUCCUGAAUGAGGUUGACAUCCUGUCCCGCCUGCUCCACCAGAACCUUGUCAUCCUAUAUGGCUGCACGUCGCGCAUGAGCCGUGAUCUUCUCCUGGUGUACGAGUUCAUCGCAAAUGGGACGGUCGCAGACCAUCUUCACGGAUCCCGUGUGGCGGAACGAGGCCUCACUUGGCCUCUGAGGCUGAACAUUGCCAUAGAGACGGCUGAAGCACUGGCCUACCUCCAUGCGGUCGAGAUCAUACACCGAGAUGUGAAGACAACCAACAUAUUGCUCGACAACAGCUUCCAUGUCAAAGUUGCAGACUUUGGGUUAUCACGCCUGUUCCCACUUGAGGUCACCCAUGUGUCAACUGUUCCACAGGGCACACCGGGCUACGUCGACCCGGUGUACCACCAGUGCUACAAGCUGACCGACAAGAGUGACGUUUACAGCUUCGGUGUUGUGUUGGUGGAGUUGAUAUCAUCGAAACCUGCUGUGGACAUGAGCAGGAGCCACAGUGAGAUCAACUUGGCAAACAUGGCUCUCAACAGGAUUCAGAACCAUCAAGUUGUUCAGCUGGUUGAUCCGGAGCUCGGCUACAAUACCGACCCCGAAACGAAGAGGACGAUCGAUCGCGUCGCGGAGGUGGCCUUCCAGUGCUUGCAACUGGAGAGGGAUCUAAGGCCGUCCAUCAAGGAGGUGGUGGAGAUCCUGACUUGCGUCAGGGACGGAGACGGUGGGGAUAAUAGCAUGAAUAAGAAGGCAUCUCAGAAAGAAGACGUGUGCUUGCUCAAGGAUGGCCUGCAGUUCUCGCCCGACACUGUUAUACAUAGAUUCCAUAGCCAGUCAACUAACCACUCGGUAGCAUCGAAUGCUAGCAGAUUAUCUAACAUCAAAUGCUAAAAAGAAUGCCACAUAGGACCUUUUCGGCACUCUUUGACACUGACAAAACAAAAAAUAAUAUUAAAGCUCGGCAAAAUGGGGUAUUCACCGUGCUGCAA